AUGUGUAUGUUUAUCAUUGGAAUGCUUAUAAACAUACACUCAGAUAGUAUUCUGCGUAAUCUUCGGAAGCCCGGCGAAGUGGGGUAUAAGAUACCUAGAGGCGGAAUGUUCGAAUACGUUUCUGGUGCAAACUUUUUUGGCGAAAUAGUCGAAUGGACAGGUUAUGCCAUGAUGGCAAGAUCACUACCAGCCAUUGCUUUUGCCACAUUCACUGCUUGUAAUAUUGGACCACGAGCGAUACAUCAUCAUCAAUGGUACCUGAACAAGUUCCCUGACUAUCCAAAAGAACGCAAAGCUGUGAUACCUUUCGUUUUAUGA